CUUAUCAUUUUACGGUUUCAUAUUUUUGCUUUUUGGUUCCAAAUCGACGAUAAACGUAUACGAGUACAAACGUCAUUACUCAUUAUUCAAUAUUCAUUACCACCUACUCUUAAGUUUUUUCGUUGUCCACAGUCUAUUUGUUCAUCGCGCUUUGCUGCUGUUGGUCGUUUGGCUUUUUAGUCAAUUUUUAAGACAUAUUACGGUUGGCGGUUGCGACAUGACUAUAUUUAUAGCAACAGACUGACGACUGUCGUAGUGCCUGGAUGUGCUCAGUUCUCACAGGCCUUAGCAUAGAAAACUGAUAAAAGUCUUACGUUCAAUGUCAAGAAGGUGCUUUUGGUGUAAUACUUGAGCGCCAAUGAUGGGUAGCAUACUCGCGCGAUUUAAAAAAAAAAAAGAUACAAAAGCAGUUUUGGAAUCAUUAGAAGAUGAAAUUAUGUACAUCGAAAACAUGACUUCAAAUACUUCACCGAUAAAUUAUUAUAAAAUAGUGUUCCAUUCAGCUCUCAUGUAUGGAUUUAUUUGUAUACUUUAUUAUUUUGGUAUAAUUCCUUAUGAACUGUUCAAAAAUAACUAUAUCAUGGCUGUUUUUGCAGCAUAUCCAAUCAUAGCUCUUUACUAUUAUAAAUUUGAUGUUUGGUAUUAUAAUCGAAAAAUAGUAACAUAUAAAAAGAAAUUAAUAGAAUUAAAAUCUGUAAAGAAAAAACUACUUGAUGAGGUAAUGGAAAAAGAAACAUUUAAAGUAGCAAAAGAAAUUUUAGAAAAAUAUGCUCCUCAUCAACUUCAAUCCAUGACCUCUCAAAACUUUAUUAAUCAAAGAGCACUUCCGUCUACAAGCAAUAGGCCACCCUAUGCUUCUUCUGGUAGACCAUUGGUUAGGACAUCGCAUAAGGGUGAUGACCCAUCAAUAAUGUCAUCAGCACUUAAACCAAGGUUAGCUCUUCCAAGGCCAAUACUCUCAAGAGAUCGUACAAUAUUUGAUCGUUUAGCCGAUAAAGUUCUUGGUGAUGGACCUCAAAAUCGAUAUGCAUUAAUUUGUAGAACAUGUGGUUCUCAUAAUGGAAUGGCUCGUAAAGAAGAAUUUGACUUCUUAGCAUACAGAUGUGCAUAUUGUUCUCAAUGGAAUCCAUCUCUUAAGCCUAGACCUCAGUUGGCAAUAAGUUAUGACAACAAUGCAUUAACGCAAAACGGCUGUGUUACAUCUACUGAAUCUAUAGAAGAAAUAACUGAUGAAAUAUCAAAAAGUGAUUCAGACACAAACGAGAGUGAACAUUCUGAGCAUAAACAUGACCAUUUAAUAAUUAAUGAUUCGGGUCCCACGAUUGAAGAAGUGGUGGAUCCACCAUCAUCAUCACAUAAUUUAAAUUCUAAAACUGAAGACCAAGUAGAAUUAAAAGAUAACUCUACAUCAGUAGCUGAAGAAUCGUUAUAACUUCAAUCACAAUAAAAUAAAAUCAACCAUUGAGGGGAGGGGGGUAACAAAAUGGUGUUAUAAUUAAUUUAAUAUUUGUUGUUGUUUUAAAUUUAAUGGUAAACAUAGGUUGCAAUUAACUCCAAAAUAAUAUGGGAAUAUUUAUUAAUACAUAUUCAUACUAAUUCUCAAAUAUAACAUUUGUUCACAAUUAAUAAUGUAUACAGGGUAUUUUAAUAUUAUAUUUUUAUGAUGUAAUCAAUCACAACUUUAAAUGUUUGUUAAAAAAUAAUGUAUUUUAGAAG